AUGGCGUCUCUGCUGGACAACAUAGCCAGACCUUCUUUUGUUGUUUUGCAGCUGUCUGUGGUGCUUGGUGUCAUCUUCGUGCUGCUGAAGGUGGUCCGGUUCUACCAGCAGAGGAAGAAACUCAUCAAAAUCCUGGAGGCAUUUCCUGGUCCCCCGAAACACUGGCUCUAUGGCCACAAUCACCUGAUAACUACUGAUAAAGUGCUAACUCAGAUGGUGUCAUGGGCAGAAGAAUACCCCUAUGCCUUUCCCAGAUGGUUUGGACCAAUCCUGCCUUCUCUAAUCAUCCACCAUCCUGAAUAUGUCAAAACUAUACUUGGCCAAACACACGACAAGGCUGACGCACUCUACAAACUCUUAGUUCCCUGGAUCGGGCAGGGGCUGUUGGUUUUGAAUGGAACCAAAUGGUUCCAGCAUCGGAAGCUGCUCACCCCAGCCUUUCAUUACGAUGUGCUGAAAUCUUAUGUGGCCCUGAUGUCAGACUCAGUCAAAGUGAUGCUGGAUAAAUGGGAAAAGAACACAGAAAGAAAGUCAGUGGAGCUCUUUCAACACGUCAGCUUGAUGGCACUAGACAGCAUCAUGAAAUGUGCCUUCAGUUGUAAUAGCAACUGUCAAGUUCAGAGCAACUCAGACUAUUAUAUCAAAGCUGUUUAUGACCUGAGCUACCUCCUGAGCGAGAGAGUCCAGAAUUUGUCUUACCAGGACAUCUUCUACAACUUGACUCGCAAAGGCCAUGAGUUUCAGGAUGCCUGCAAGCUGGCCCAUGCCCACACAGAUAAGAUAAUAAAAGAAAGAAAGACGUUGCUCUCCAGUGAGAAUGAACUCGACAAGAUCCGGAAGAAAAGACACCUCGAUUUUCUGGACAUUCUUCUUUGUGCCAAGGAUGCAAACGGAGUUGGGCUAUCUGAUGAGGACCUGCGUGCUGAGGUGGACACAUUCAUGUUUGAGGGUCAUGACACCACCGCCAGUGGUAUCUCCUGGCUCUUUUACUGCCUGUCAUUAUAUCCAGAAUACCAGCAACGGUGCCGGGAAGAGAUCCAGGAGAUCUUGGGAGACCGAGAUACCAUUGAGUGGGAGGACCUUGGGAAGAUGACUUACACCACAAUGUGCAUCAAAGAGAGCUUGCGCCUGUUCCCACCGGUUCCUUUCGUGUCCCGAUGCCUCUCUAAACCUGUCACAUUUUGUGAUGGACGCAGCUUACCAGCAGGCUGCCAGAUUGGAUUGAGCAUAUUUGCUCUUCAUAGGAACCGGGACGUAUGGGAGGACCCUGAGAUAUAUGAUCCACAGAGGUUUUCUCCAGAGAACUCAGCACAGAGGCACUCCCACGCUUUCCUGCCUUUCUCCGCUGGAUCCAGGAACUGCAUUGGGCAGCAGUUUGCCAUGAUUGAGAUGAAGGUGGCACUGGCCUUGACUCUGCUCCACUUCGAGCUCCGCCCCGACCCAUCCAGGCCUCCCAUACUGUUACCACAGCUCGUCCUCAGAUCCAGCAAUGGGAUCCACCUGCAUUUGAAGAAGCUUCGCUGA